CGCGCUGGUGGAAGGCGGCGGAGGCUUCCUUCAAAAGCGAAACUCCAAUACAGGACAGGAUUCUCAACAGCCUUCUCCAUUAGCCCUUUUAGCUGCUACUUGUAGUCGGAUUGAUGAGAACGACGCUGUAGCUGAGCAGCAACAAAAUCAGCAGCAAACCCAGCAACAGAACCAACAGCUUGAUCUAAACCAAUCCCAACUGACGCACACCGCCAACGGCUGGCAGAUCAUACCGGUGAGCAGCCAGUCCACCUCCAGCCCCGACAACAGUACCGUCUCCCAGGCUCAGGGCAUGAUGGCAGACGACAAAAGCAGACAGGCAGUGUCUUCAGGCACGGGUGUCCAGCAGACUCAACAGCAGUUUGUGGUGGCAUCAGCACCAACCCUGCCGGGUCAACAAGUCCUCACCACACUGUCUGGUGUCAUGCCCAACAUCCAGUACCAGGUCAUCCCCCAGUUCCAGACAGUGGAUGGCCAGCAGAUCCAGUUCACCCAGGCUGCUCAAGACCCCUCCGUGACAGGGGCGGGGCAGUUCCAGCUGAUAUCCUCACCCAGCGGCGGACAGCAGCUCAUCGCAGCAGCCCCUAACCGCACGGCAGGAGCUGGCAACAUCCUAACCGUGCCAGGAAUCCUCCAGCAGGCCAUCCCACUACAGAACCUAGGCCUAGGGAACACGGUGCUGCCCAAUCAGACGCAGUUUGUGGCCAAUAUGCCCGUGUCGCUGAAUGGCAACAUCACCCUGCUGCCAGUGAGCACUGGGGCUGCAGCCGGAUCUGGGACUGAUGGAGGAGUGAGCGGAACAACCGAGGCCACACAGCAGCUUCUUCAGCCCCAGCAAACAGCAGUUUCCUCUGGCUACUACACCAGCUCAACCACCACAACCACUCCAGCAGCUACCUCAUACAGCGCGAUGACUCCGGCGCAGAGUGGCAACAGCGUGGUGGGUGCCACUUUCCAGAACUCUGCCGGGGGACUGUCCAUCCAGCUCGACAACAGAGAUCAGCAACAACAACAACAAAUCCUCAUCCAGCCCCAGCAACUCCUCCAGGGCACCCCAACCCUGCAGACCAUCCAGCCCGCGGGGACGGUGUCCGCAGGAGGCCAGGUCUUCACCACCCAGACCCUGUCUCAGGACGCCCUGCAGAACCUGCAGAUCCAGGCCAUCCCCAACAGCAGCCCCAUCCUGCUCCGUACGGUGGGCCCCAAUGGGCAAAUCAGCUGGCAGACACUGCAGCUUCAGAGCCCGGCUGGAGCUCAGAUUACCCUGGCACCUGUGCAGGCACUACCCCAGCUGACUCCCACAGGCACCAACAACACCGUACAGCUGCCAGGCCUACAAACCAUCAAUUUGAAUACACUGGGCAACACCGGGCUGCAGAUGCACCAGCUUCAGGGAGUGCCUAUUGCCAUCACCAACACCUCAGGUGAACAGAGUUCUGUAGGAGGAGACAAUCAGGACGACAGUACUACCCUGGAUGAAAACCUAGAGACCAGCCCGACCCAACCCAAUCGGAGAACACGUAGGGAGGCCUGUACCUGCCCCUACUGUAAAGACGGAGAGGGACGUGAUCCCUCCAGAAAGAAGCAGCACAUCUGCCAUAUUCCUGGCUGUGGAAAGGUGUACGGGAAGACGUCUCACCUGCGGGCACACCUGCGCUGGCACACGGGAGAACGGCCCUUUGUCUGCUCCUGGAGCUUCUGUGGGAAACGUUUCACUCGCUCCGACGAGCUGCAAAGACACAAGAGAACACACACCGGCGAGAAGAAGUUUUCGUGUCCCGAGUGUCCCAAGCGCUUCAUGCGUAGCGACCACCUGUCCAAGCACAUUAAGACCCACUCAAACAAGAAGGGCUCAACCAGUGCCACCAGCACCGCCGCCACAGCUCCCAGUGACAGCGCCACGCCAGCCUCCGUCUCCACGGACAACUGCGCCGCUGGCGGGGAGCAGCAGACACUUAUCGCCAUGGAGACACUGUCGCCAGAGGGCAUCGCACGGUUAGCCAACAGCGGCAUCAACGUGAUGCAGGUCACAGAUCUGCACUCCAUAAACCUCAACAGUAACGGCUACUGAGGGAG